UUUAUAGAUUCGACGUUCGUAUUCUCUCCCCAACCAAUUUUUUGUUUCUUAUUGUAUUAAAGGAAGGUAACAAUGCUGUUAAGACCCAAUUUAACCUCGCACCACGAGCCCUGAAAUAGAAGCUUAGUUUUCAAAUAUCUACAUUUCUAUCGAAGGCUCUCUUUGAGACAAACGUCAUUUUUUUAUACGACGGCGAGUCUCGAAAGUUACAGCUGCACGCACGAUCGCAUACUCGAUAACCUACGCGCACGAAAUAAGGUUCUCUCCUUACAUCUACGCAUUCUGUCAGAAUGGCGACCGCAUCACGACCAGCGCCCGCAGCUACCAAUGGCAUUUAUACCCCAGAAUAUGCACGACAACAUACUCGGCCACAGAACACGUUCCGCGGCUGUUCAAGAAUCACAGACUAUGAGGUUAUGGGGAAAAUCGGAGAGGGUACAUUUGGAGAAGUACACAAAGCCAAAUCUAGAAAGACUGGCAUGGUUGUUGCUCUAAAAAAGAUCCUGAUGAUCAACGAGAAGGAUGGGUUUCCAAUUACAGCCCUUCGCGAGAUCAAGACUCUCAAAGCUCUUUUGCAUCCAAAUGUCUUGAGUUUGGAGGAGAUGGCCGUCGAGCACCCACAAAAAAACACCGAUAAGAAGAAGAAAGCUAUCAUGUACAUGGUCACUCCAUAUUUCGACCAUGACUUAUCAGGUCUUCUGAAGAACCCGAACAUCCACUUUACGGAACCGCAAAUUAAGUGUUAUAUGCUGCAAUUGCUUGAGGGCAUGCGGUACAUUCACGAUCAAAACAUCCUUCACCGGGACAUCAAAGCCGCAAACAUUUUGAUCAAUAAUAAAGGCAUACUCCAAAUUGCAGAUUUUGGCCUGGCGCGACACUACAACGAGCCUGUACCAGUCGCAGGGAAGGGUAAUGGAGAAGCGAAAGCACAUUAUACUGUUGUAGUUGUUACAAGAUGGUACCGUCCUCCAGAACUGUUUUUAGAAUUGCAAAACUACACUCCAGCGAUCGAUAUUUGGGGAGUCGGGUACGUUUUAACUUCUUUAUCUUUGAAUGGUUGACUAAUAUUGGCAGUUGUGUUUUUGGCGAGAUGUUCACCGGAAAGCCAAUCCUCCAAGGCGAGAGCGAGGAGCAGCAGCUUAAGCUUAUUUUUGAUUUGUGUGGCACUCCUAAUGAGGAAAACAUGCCAGGGUGGAGGUCACUCCCCAAAGCUCAAGGUCUCAAUUUUAGCCCACCGCGCCCUUCGACACUAGCUCAGAGAUUCAGAGAACAAGGCUCUGGUGCUAUCUCUUUAUUGCAGGAAUUGCUAAAACUCGAUUGGAGGAAGCGUACCAACGCAAUCGAUGCGUUAAAGCAUCCAUACUUCCGAAACACGCCUUUACCUAUGAAACCACACGAGAUCCCAAUUCUAGAAUCAUCACAUGAAUUUGAUUCAAAGCAGCACCGGGGACAAAAACAGGCCCCACCACCCCCCAAGGGAGGUGAUGUGGGCAUGGGCCCAGACCAAUGGGAGCGAAAUGGGAGUGGACCAGGAUAUGAUAACUACGUCAGUCAUCGAAGUCACCAAAAUGGUCGCUACCCUCCUCCUCCUCCUUCCCACGGUGGCUACAGAAACAGUGGCCUACCACCUCCACAAUACGAUGACCGCAAACCAGCGUGGAGACGAGAUGAUCGAGGCUUACCACCACGACCACCGCCUACAGAUUUCGCUUAUGAUGGUGGAAGAUCAGACCAACAUGGUCACCGAUCCAGAUCCCAAGAUCUAGAUGGUCGCGGCCAUCGCGAUCGUGAUCACGCGCCCCUUCCUCGAAGUAGAGCAGGAGGAGGUGGGAAUAUCGACACAUAUAUCCCAAGUUAUAACAUGAACCGGCGACCAAGAGACGACCGCCCACCAGGGGCCGAUCGUUUACCACGGGAUGACCGCCGAGACGAUCGCCCAAGACACAGUAAUGGAGCCAGGCACGAAUACGACAGUCGAGGUUCCCGUGAUAGCCGAAGUCGUACCCGCAGUCCUAUUAAUGAUCGUGGGAGGGAUCGAUAUCGAGAACGCGAACCAAUAGGAGACCCUUAUUCCCAUCGUCGUUGAUAUCACCUUUUUAGGUGCGUUGUUACAUUAUUAUCUGUUCAUUUAGCGUGCUUUGGGGUUCGUGACGGUGGGGGUAUUUAUCUUCAGAUAUUCGCUUGCUCAUUCAUAAGGAUUGGAGUCAAAGGGAUUGGCGUGGGUAACUUUUGGCUUUGGCUGAACCAAAUUGGCGUUUGUCGUUCCAAUGAAUUUUUACAGCAUCAGGGAAAGGAGGAGGGGAUAUUCAAAAUAUCAUCGAAAGGAAGGCGGGUGGGCUGUUGGUUGUUUGGCAAUUUAUUCAACAGCUAAGCCUAUAAAUUUUCUCAAUACCUACAUUUUCGGACGGGAAACAUGACUUGUCAUCAAUACGGGAGGAUUGGUCAACGGAAAGGGAUCUUUCACCCGUGCCUUGGACCAAAGAAGCUGAACUUUUAAUGGAAAGGCAUGAUGGUUGCGCAUGCAUGCUUUACUACGGAUACCUACAACGUUUUUGUAUUACUGUACACAUCUAUCAUAACAUACCUAUUAAAUACACUUGGAAGCUCAAGAUUCAAACUAGUCUUUGCUAGAACAUACGCA